UUAAGAAAAGUGCAGUGUGUUGUUUUUUUUUUACCAAAACAUUAAUUAGUAUAAGAAUAGUUGUAAAAAUGAACGUUAUUGCUAGGAGUGUUACAAGUUUGGCGAGGAUAUGUCUCGGGAGGACUGUUGCAGGCACUUCCACUACAAUUAGUCAUUACAAUACUUCGAGCUUCGUUGGAGGUUUUGGGAGCAUACUGUCAGCAGCUAGAAACUACUUGGGAAAUCCACUGCAAGGUUUCGAGCAGAUAAGGCAAAUGGCGAGUCUGUAUAGGAUGCACAGACUAGGGAUUCACGUGAAGAAGAGGAAACUGAAGAAUCCCUUCGGCCCGGGCAAGCCGUUCGCCAAAGGCGUCGUACUCAGGACGGUGAUCAAGAAGCCAAAGAAGCCCAACUCGGCAAACAGAAAGUGCGUCGUCGUGAGGCUGUCCACCGGCAAGGAAAUGACUGCCUACGUGCCAGGCGAAGGACACAAUUUGCAGGAGCACAGUAUCGUCCUGUGCAGAGUCGGCAGAACCAAAGACGUUCCCGGUCUGAAGAUCAAGUGCGUCCGCGGGAAGUACGAUUUGCCGCACGUUGUUAAGAAAACCCAGUAAA